GUAGUUUCGUUACAUUUCCUUGUGGUGAUUUUUUCUUUUUAUCUGAGGUAGUUAUGUCUGGUCGCGGCAAACAAGGCGGUAAAGCUCGCGCCAAGGCUAAGACUCGGUCUUCUCGUGCAGGUUUGCAGUUUCCCGUGGGCCGAGUGCACCGCUUGCUCCGCAAAGGCAACUACUCCGAGCGCGUCGGGGCCGGCGCGCCGGUGUAUCUUGCGGCGGUGCUUGAGUACCUGACCGCCGAGAUCCUGGAGCUGGCGGGCAAUGCGGCCCGCGACAACAAGAAGACCCGCAUCAUCCCUCGCCACCUGCAAUUGGCCAUCCGCAACGACGAAGAGCUUAAUAAGCUUUUGGGGCGUGUGACCAUCGCGCAGGGUGGCGUUCUGCCUAAUAUUCAGGCGGUACUGCUGCCCAAGAAGACUGAGAGCCAUCAUAAGGCCAAGGGAAAGUGAAGUGUUAACGCUUCAUACACUGCUGUUUUUCUGUCAGCAGACGGUCAGUCUAACAACAAAGGCUCUUUUCAGAGCCACCUACGACUUC